AUGCCUGCCAUCUGGAUCACUGUCAACCCCAACGAUAUCAACAACCCGGUCAAGAUGAGGCUCUCCAUCCACAGGCUCCACGAGCAUGACACAGCAAAGGAACUGCUAGCCGAUCUCCGGGGAAGAUAUGAUAGGAUCGCCCUCAGCACCAUGGACCCAGUUAGCGCGGCCAUCUUCUUCCAUCGAGAAAUCUCGCUGUUUUUUGAGAAAUACGUCAGGACGGGCCAAGAAUCGAUUUUCGGAAAGAUCAGCCAUUACUACGCCACAGUCGAGACGAAUGACCGAGGCAGUCUGCACUUGCAUGGACUGCUCUGGUUGGAGGGUAACAUGCAGUUGCCUUCCCUGGUCGAUGAUAUGGCAAAGCCCGACGAGGAGGGAUACCGUGCCCAAGUGGUUCGGUAUCUGGAUUCGGUCUUUAACGAAUGCUUAGACGAGGAAGCUGGAAAAGCUGUCCGAAAGGAGAGAAAGCCGAUUGAUCCGGUCGAGGGAAUGAUGCACAACACCGAGGCUCUCGCAGCAGUCUUUGACAAGGAGUCUAAUUACAUUGCGUACUGUUGCCAGGUUCACUCGCACACCUACACAUGCAUUAAGUAUUCUCUAAAGGGACUCGUCGGAGAUGGCGCGCAUAAGCAUAGACUGACGCCUUGUCGAUUCAAGGCGCCUUGGAAAAUCGUCGAGGAAUCCGGAUUCACAGAAGAUGGCUUGCUCAAGAUCCGGCGGAACCACCCGCUUGUCAACCGAUAUAAUAAAGCCAUGGCAGUCGGCCUCCGUCACAACCACGACGUCUCGAUGAUCUUGACGAAAACCAAGGGACUCGCCAUGGUAUUUUACAUCACAAACUACGCCACCAAGUUGGACACGCCCAUGUGGAAACGCCUUGUCUUCGCUGCUGAUGUUCUUCGACAGCUUCGUGAAUCUGCCGCGUUGAGGGGUCCAAAUCUUGCCGAACAGGAUGCCCAACGCCAGGCUGUGGUGAACGAGAGUCGUCAGUUUCUGGCCAGUACGCAAACCGACGCCGAAGAGCCGUCGGAGACGGUACAAUUCCGGGAAAGUGGCCGGACUUUAUUGUGCCUGGAUGCCUACGCCUACCGAGGCCCGGUUCUGAGGGACGUAUGCCUCUAUGACUAUAUGUCUAUGAUUACCCUGGAGCGUCGCCGUGGCCGAGAUGAGGAUGAAACCCGUAUUGCUCUGGAAGGUCCUCCAGAGUGCUACGGAUGGAUCCAAAAGCUUCGACAGCCCCCCGAGUACGCGGUGCCAAUCUUUCAGGGAUUCAUUAGCGACGACCAUAUAGACGAGCACCCGGUGUAUUUCAAACGAAACUCGGUUCUCCACCUGGCCUUGUUUGUACCAUGGGAAAACUUCCUCUCCGAGACGCGCGGUGAUAUCACGGGCAUAUGGAGGAACCAUGCAGCUACCCUCUGCCCCCGCCUGAGAUCCCGUGUCGCAAACAUCUCCCUCCUCAGAAAAUCGGCUGAGGAUGCUCUCCUGCAAAGUCUGAUCCGAGACUUUUGCCAGGAGAACCCGACACAAGAGGACCGGCCUGUCAUCCAACGUCACUACGAUUUCUAUCAGCAGAUUCGCGCUCGUCAGGACAGCCUCUUGUCUCGGUGUCCGAUUCCUUCUGCAGAAGAUGUUCAGGCGGCGGCGAAGGCCCAGGACAUGCUCCAUCUCCGGAUGCUCAAUGAGAUGGAAGGCGGCGUCCAAGGUGAUACAACCUCCAUUGGCGAUGCGGACACCGACGAUCUGCUUGUUCGGCAGUGUGACGCGGACAUCCCCAUUCCGAGACAACUGGAAGACUCGGCCGUACAGAGACCUCGGAUGGUUGUUGAGGUAGGCUCCAGCAGAGGAUUUGUGGAGUUGGGACUUCUUGCCGCCUCUAGCUACACGCUCAACGAUCUGCAGAGCAUGGCACUUCAACUUCCUCCAAUGUUCUCGGAAGCGAAAAAAUGGAUGUGGAAGCAAAAGUUGGCUCUCGUGAUCGACGAAGUGAGCAUGCUCGGGGGAGCCACUCUAUUCAACGCCAACUGCCGCCUCCAGGCCCUCCGUGACUGUCCUGAUAAGCCAUUUGGAGGUAUUCCUAUUGUUCUCUUGAUGGGGGACUUCUAUCAGUUCGCCCCCGUGCUUGAGGCGACCAUUGCUCACCACCGUGGCCAUAGUCUAUGGCUGAUGUUCAAGACUGUCAUCCUUCUCGAGGAACAAGUCCGCGCGCGAGACGAUCCUCAGCUAGGCGCUCUUUUGGACAGAGUACGCGCUGGAACACAGACGAUAGAGGAUCUUGACUUGCUCAACACCAAGCUCGUGGACCGCUCCCAAAUCACGUUCAAGGAUGACUUGCGCGCUAUAACACCGCUCAAUCGCAACCGAUGGAGCCUUAACAUGGAAGCCGUGGUAGAUUGGGCCCGCUUUCACCAGAGACACAUCUCAAUCUUCGUCUCGGCCCACACCUGGCGCAGUCGAGCCUUAUCCCAGCAGGAGGUGGCUCAUACCAUCGAACAAGGCGACAACUCAAACUGCAAGAUCCCCGGGGUUUUCUUCUACGCCCAGGGGAUGCCUGUAGUUGUCAACAAAAAUACGUACACCGGCUUAAAAGUUGUGAAUGGGGCCGAGUUCACCGCCGCGGACGUCAUUCCCGAUACAAAAUCCCCGGGCUACCAUCUUGCGGACGACGUUACCAUUCACUUUGGUCCGCCACUAGGCAUAUUCUCAAGGUAA